AUGGAGGGCAUUGGUACAUUGCUGAUUUUUUUUGUUUAUCUGAAAUUGUCAUCUAUAGAAAUUGAAGAGGUUUUGGAAAAUUUUCAGGUGAGGAGUGAAGAGGAGGGCUUGCUUGGAUCAUGGCACGCAGGGACAGUUAUCCAUUGUGGGAAGCUGAAACGCUAUAUCAGAUAUACGAAUAUUUUGGAGAAUAAUAGGUUAAAUUAUCUUGUGGACGUGGUGAAUGUUCCAAAAGCUUUGGACGGAGAAAUUGAAUCUUCAUAUUGCUACAAGCGUAGCUUCAUUAGGCCAAUGCCUCCUUUGGUUGAUUUUGGGAGAUUGGAUCUUAAAUUUGGUCUGUGUGUUGAUGUGAUCCAGCGGGAAGCUUGGUGGGAAGGUGUCAUAUUUGAUCACUGCGAUGGAAUGGAAACAAGGAGUGUGUUUUUCCCUGAUUUGGGAGAUGAAUUGCAAAUUGAAAUUCAUCAAUUGCGGAUUACUCAGGACUGGGAUGAAGUUACAGGAGAGUGGGAGCAACGAGGGAACUGGGUGCUUCUUGAAUUGAUUGAGGAGUGUGAGAGGGAAUCUCUUGUUGCAAUUUCAGCUAAACAAAUUUGGUAUGAUGUACAGGGGAAAGAGGAAUUUUGUAUGAUUGGAGAUUGGACAUAUAAUGUGAAGUACUUGUGGAAAAACUUGGUGAGGGAGGUAGUAAAUGAUUACUUAAAACUCACAGUAAAAGAUGCUAUCUCAGUCUUAAAUCUUCCAGGGAGUUCACAAGAGCUGAAUUCAGAUGAAGCUAUGGCUAAUGUUGACUUCAACAUGACCUUGACAGAUGAGGAAAUUGUUGUGCAGAAGGAACCUGCUCCUCCUAAUUCAGGUGCUAGUUGUUUUGGAAGAAAAAGAAAACCUAGAUCCCCAACCCAUUUAAGGUCCACAUACUGGACACCUCUGGAGUUUUCUGAAGUUGAAUUAUGUCCUGACGCUGUUAGGCAAUAUGCACUUGGUUCAAGUAGGACAAGUAGGAAACUUUGGAAGGAAAGACUACAAAAGCAUCUUGCAUAUCUUGGAUGGGAAAUUGAGUGGUCAAAUAGAUUUAAUAUCAAACGUUACAGGUAUAAAUUGCCUGAUGAACUGGGCCAAAAGGUUUACUUGUCACUAGUUGAAGUUUGUAAAAGUAUGCUAGAGGACCCCAACAAGAACAACUCUUUGCAGUCUCAAAAGAGUAGAAUGCAUCUUACAAUUGACUCUCAUCUUUCAAAUGUAGUUCCUAAUCCAUCCCAAAAAAAUCAGGAUCUUAAUAUCCUUCCUCCUGAUGAUGUCAAACCAGAGUUUUAUCCUCAAGCUAUUGUAGAAUAUUAUCAUGCACAUCAAUCCAACAAGAAUAAGGCUGAUAAAAAAAAGUGGAUACUGAAAGCAAAGAAUCACCUGUUAGCAGAAGGAUGGAGUUUCGACUAUCCACCUCCAACUAAUAAGAAAAGGGGAAUAAGAUACAUGUCUCCACAAAAUAAGAGAUUCACAACACUCCAUGCAGCAUGUAGAUUUUGUAUUGAAGAGGGUAUUCCUGAAUGGGCUAUAUCUGAUAUGCAGCCUUCAAAUGUCUCUAGCACUAAUGAGGAAAAUGUUGAUCAGGUUUGGAGCGGGGAAUUAUCACAUAGAGUAUCCCAAUUUCUUCCAAAAGACCCUGAGUUACAUGCUAUGGAUGGUGCUGCUGCAAAUAGAUCAACUUCAAAUCGAAAGAGGAAAUACUUGAGGAAUUCAGAAUCCAAUCUACCUAAUUGUCAAAGCAAUGGAUUGCCUCUAAGGAUGCUAAGAUCAAAUAAGAGGGUUCAAAAUAUGUCUGCCCCUUGUUCAUCACAACAUAAACCUCUAAAUGUUAUGUCUUGGUUGAUAGACUGCAACAUGGUCUUACCAAGGUCUAAGGUUUAUUACAAGGCAAAAGGAAGGCAACGUACUAUUCGUACUAUGGCUGUAGGGAAAAUAACUCGCGAUGGAAUCAAGUGUAACUGUUGCAUGAAAAUAUACAGUCUUGUUGGCUUUGAACAUCAUGCUAGUGGCAUUAGUACUUGCAGGCCCUCUUCUAGUAUCUUUUUGGAAGAUGGUAGAUCACUCUUGCAUUGUCAAAUGCAAAUAAUGCAAGAUCAUAAAACAAGCCAAACUAGUGAAAAACCAUUCAGUGAGUUGUGUCAAGGAGACAAUGACUACAUUUGUUCUGUUUGCCACAAUGGUGGUGAACUUAUUUUAUGUGAUCAAUGUCCAUCUUCAUUCCAUAAGAUGUGCCUUGGUUUGAAGGAUGUCCCUGAUGGUGAUUGGUUUUGUCCAUCAUGUUGUUGUGGGAUUUGUGGCCAAAACAAAAUCCAUAAAGAUGAGGAUGAACAUUUCCUUACUUGUGCUCAGUGUGAACAUAAAUAUCAUGUUAGGUGCCUUAAUAAUGGAGCUGCAGAUAUAUCAAGAUAUUGGAAAACUUGGUUCUGUGGAAAAGAUUGUGAAAAGAUAUAUGAAGGCCUUCAUAAACUACUAGGAGCUCCAGUUUCAGUGGGUGUGGACAAUCUAACAUGGACAUUGGUGAAGUUCAUCAACUCUGAGAGUUGUGAUCUUGGUGGUACUGAACAUGACUUAGCGGCAGAAAGUUUUAGCAAACUCAAUCUUGCUCUAUCUCUGAUGCAUGAAUGUUUUGAGCCCCUAAAGGAACCUUUCUCUAGCAAAGAUCUCAUGGAAGAUGUUAUGCUCAGCAGUUGGUCAGAGCUUAACCGAUUAAAUUUCCAGGGUUUCUAUACUGUGUUACUUGAGAGAAAUGAAGAACUAAUUAGUGUGGCAAUUAUUAGGGUCUAUGGGAGGAAGGUAGCAGAAGUACCCCUUGUUGGUACCAGAUUACAGUAUCGUCGACAUGGAAUGUGUCGCAUUUUAAUGAAUGAGCUUGAAAAGAAGCUCAUGCAAUUAGGUGUGGAGAGGCUUGUUUUGCCUGCUAUUCCUAGCGUGCUAGAAACAUGUACCAGAUCUUUUGGCUUUGCAAAGAUGACAAGUUUUGAGAGAUCUCGAUUUCUGGACUACACUUUCUUAGAUUUUCAGGGUACCAUCAUGUGCCAGAAGCUGUUGAUGAAGAUUCAAUCUCCAGAUUCCGUUUGUUUAAUAGAUUCACAACAAAAAUGUGUUGUUUUCUCCGGAAGUUGCAGUGCUUACCCCGAUAAGUCUAGUCAAAUGUCCGAAGUAUACCAGGAAGAGGAGAUAAACAAAGGAGGCAUGCUGGACCAACAAAUGGGAAGUGGUCAUCAUGUUUAUGGUGCUAUUGACCCCAUCACCAUGGAGGAGCAACCAAGUCCUAGAGAUCAACAGUGCCAGAAUGGAACCAGCUCACAGUACUCUCUUGUAAACCAAGCAGGUAACAGGUAUAAUGGCUUGUAUAAAUAUUACAACAGAAGGAAAGUGAGAAAAACAUGUGAAGGGUUUAGAAUGUCAUUAUUGGAGGGAAGUAAAUUAGUAAGCACAGGGAAGAUGAUUAAUUCUUCAUCAGUUUUUGUGUACAAAGGAAGAAUAGUAGCAUAAAGGGGUGACUUGUUUGGCGUUCAUGCUAUGCAUAAUUUUACAACACGAUUUCACAUUUUGUUUUCAUUUAGUUUGUAAAACAGAAAAGGUAGAUUUUACUUAGGUCAAUUGUACUGUGAUGGAGGCACAUAUACGGUGACUGUGUCUGCUUGUGAAUUUGAUUAGUUGUGAAAAGUUGUUUUU